UGAAAGAGUGACGCAAUUCUGGGAAAGGUCGCAUUAGCCGCCAUCUUGUGCAGAAGACAGCUGCGUUUAAGGAAAUUGUGAUUUUAAGUGUUUUUUUACGGUGAUGUGACUACCCUAACAGCUCACUUUUAUCCAUAAGGAUGUCGGUGCAUUACAAAUUUAAGUCAGCUGUCGAGUAUGACACGCUGCCAGUGGAUGGAGUCCACAUCAGCCUUGGGGACCUCAAAGAGGCCAUUAUCCAACAGAAGAGGCUGGGAAGAGGCCAGCCAUAUGAUCUACAGAUCACCAAUGCAGAGACGAAGGAAGUUUACACAGAUGAGAAGACGCUCAUCCCAAAGAAUUCAUCGCUGAUAGUCGCAAGAGUGCCCAUCGAUCCUGCACUCAUGAAGAAGCCAUGGGAGAACAAGGAACCUACAGCCCUGCUACUAUCCAACCCUUCAAACCUGAUGAACACAGAAGAUGCUGCUGAAGCUGCCGAAAUAGACAGAAAGAUCAAGGAGGUCACAGAUCUAACACGUAUGGACGGCAGUGAAGAUGACAAGAUUAAUGCAAUGGUUGCGCAGUCAACAAUGGCAUAUCAUCCAUCAAAGUAUGUAAAACUUCGUGUCAGCAAGAUGAUGGGUCAGGUGCCGCUGGACUAUAAAUGCUUCAAGUGCCAUCAGGGUGGACACUGGGUCAAUAUGUGUCCACUUAGCCAUCAAGACUUGCGGAAGAGUACUGGCAUUCCGUCCAAAUUCCUGGUUGAGGUUAAUGACCCUAACGCACCUGGUGUAAUGAUCAAUGCUUCAGGGAAAUUUGUGCGCCUCAUGGAUAUGGACAACAGUACAGAAAACACAGAACAGAUGAUGCCUCCCACCAACCGACCUCCACCGCCGCCAGAAAUCCUUUGCAAUAUAUGCAAGGAGGUCUUGAGGGAUGCUGUCUUAAUCCCUUGCUGUGCUAAUGCAUUCUGUGAUGACUGUAUCCGUAACCAUCUCCUGGAAUCAGAAGAACAUGAGUGUCCUUCAUGCCAGAAAGAGGGUGUUGGUCCAGACACACUCAUUCCCAAUCGUUACCUUCGAGUGAAAGCCUUACAUUAUCAGAAUGGAUGGUUCAUAACAGACAAAAAAUUGGACCGUCAAUCAGGUGCAACAGAACCUUUGUGUUCCAUCCCACCUUACAUGCUUCCUAAACUCAAUACACCAACACCCCCAAGAAGUCCUGCUGCCCCUGCAAGUCCCUUGGAGCCUAAGAUCACUGAAAAUGUGUCAUCCACAUCCACUCCACCAGUCAGCCCACUACGGCCAAAGAGUGCUGAUGGGAUUAUGGAAAAUGGAGGAGCUGACUCAGAUAAGGAAAACCGAGAAGAGUCUUUGAGAAUGGAGCCUUCUCCUGAGCCAGAGACUCACUUGGAUGAAAAUGGCAUUAGCAAAGCUAAAGACAAUAUGGAAGAAGAUCCAGUCCCUCCACAAGAACAACAACAGGAAGGGGAGGUUGAUCAAGAAGGAGACGGCCAGGGCUUGCCAGAUGAAUUAGGAACUGAAUUUGAGGGUAAGCAGAAAAAAUCCAAGAAGAAGAAGAGCAAGAAGAAGUCUAGCAGACAUGAUUCUGAUGAUGAAAGGGAAGGAAAGGAAAGUAAGAAGAGGAGUAACAGAAGACAUUCUCACAGAAGUCAAGAUGGGAAGUCGUCAGAUGAGAGAGUGCCUGAGCGAGAGAUGAUUCAUGAUGCAAGGAAUAGUUCCAAAGAUGGAGAUAUGAUUGGGGAAGGUGAUGAUCUCUGGACCAUUACUGGUCCACAGACUGACAUCCGGAGGAGCAGGAGUAAGACGAGAAGCAGGAGUAGGAGCAAAAGUGUUGAGAAAGAAACUGACGUGUCAGGGGGUUUAUAUGACAACAUUGUUCCAUCAUUCAACCCCCUUGUUCCUCCUCCAGGUGGCUUCAUACAGUCCCCACCAAAGGAUCCAUUCUACCCUGUCCCACCUGCAACAUAUACAACCACAGCUCCUCCAACUCAGCCAGUCAUUCCUGGAAACCCUUACCAUCCUUACCAGCCUGGUGGGCUAUACCCAACGGGAAUGGGUACUGCGCUUCCUUCUUCCUCUGUGGUGUCCUCAAGUCACUCGGCAAUUAUUCGGGAUCAGCCAAUGCCUCCGUCCCGUCUCGUAGGCUCGCCAGACCUCUCAGUACCUCCUCCAGCCAUUGUGAACCCUCCAGGCUAUCCAAGUCACGUUCCUCCUUUCAGGGAAAUGGAAGUUAUUGACGACCCUCUUGCAGCCUUUGAAAGACAUCUUAGGGAGAAAGAUGCACGGAAAUAUCGCAUGAGCAGAUCAAGAUCUCGUUCAAGAACUCCACCCCGUUAUAGGCCAAGGUCACCACGUCAGCGUUCUUGGUCCAGGUCACGUUCCCGUUCUAGGUCAAGAAGUCGUCUUGGUGUUGGAUCUGGGAGGUCUCCAAGGUCACCUGGCAGACGCAGAUGGAGCAGAACACCACCUCGCAGACCCUUGUCAUAUCGGUCUCCACGGUCACCAUCAUUUACCAAAGAGAGAUCGGUAUCAAAUCAGUCAUUGACUUUAAGCAGGACUCCAAGCCCAAGUCGCAGAAUGAAGUCUUCUCCCCUCCAAGUGCGACCUCUGUUGCCUGACACAAGGUCACCAGCCAGGGCAGCAUUAGAUUAUGGGAGCAGGAAUGAAUAUGAUCAUUAUGCUGGUAGUGGACAUGUGAUGCCAGGGGAGGAAUACCACCCAUACCAUGGAAAUACAGCUCAUUGGGAUCCUCAGAAUAGAUAUGAUCAUCCGGGUCAUGAUGCUUUCAAUCCAGAAUACCACAACAUGAGGGGUCAAGGGAACAGAGGGCGUCGUGGUCGUGGAGGAUUCAGGCAAGGAGAUGACUAUAGCUUUGACCAGCGCACUCAGGACACAAGGCAUCCCUAUGAUCGUCAUCAGCAACCCCAUGAUGACCGGCGAGGCUUAUUAGCUGCUCCAGCAUGGGAGAGAGAUGAUGUGCGAAGGGGAUAUGAUAUGGAGAUGGGGAGAAAUGAUAGAGGUGGGAGAAGGUACGGAGAUGUACGAGAUCCAGCUAGAGAGUUUGAUGAUGUGAGGCCAAGGAGGGAAAGGGAUGUCUUAGACAGAAGGCAUGAAGAUGAUAUGGGCCGGAAACCGUAUGAUGAGGAUGAGUGGAGAAGAUAUCCUGAGGAAAAUAGGAAGAGAUUCGAGGAGGAGGAGGAAAGACGGAGAUAUCCAGAUGGCAGGAGAGGUCAUGUGGAUGACCAUGAUGAUGCCAGGAGACCACCAGAAAUUGACAGAUAUGAAGAUCACAAAAGGUUUCCAAGAAAAGACGGAGAUGUGCGUAGAGAUCCAGACAGUAUUAGGAAAGAUGGAGAGGAAGGCAAGCACAGUGGUCGUCAUGACUCAAAAAGGCUUGAGGAUCGUGAUGCUAAACUGAAGCCUAGUUCAAGGCAUAGAGAAGCUCCUGGGCAGAGAAUCACCCCAAACCAAGAUGAUGCAAGAGCUUACAGGAGUAGGUCACGUGACCCACUACAAAGUAAGAGUCACAGAAAGUCACCAGGCAGAGACAGAAGAGAUCGUGACCGUGAUCGAGAUCCAGAUAGAAGGGACAGAGAGGGUGAUAGACGAGACAGAGAUUCCGACAGAAAAGACAAAGAUGUCGAUAGAAAAGACAGGGAGUUUGAUAGGAAGGAUAGAGAUAGUGAUAAAAAGGAUAGAGAUGUGGAUAGAAAAGAUGCUUAUAAGAGGGACAGGGAAGACCGAAGAGAUAGAGAUGUAGAGAGAAGAUCAAGAGACAAAGACAGGAGAGACAGGGAUAGUGAAAGGAAGGACAAGGAUAGUGAUAAAAGGGAAAGAGAUUCACAGAAGAGGGACAGAGAUACUGACAGGAAGGAUGAUCGAUCAGGCAGAGAUGACAGCAGAAGAGAUAGAGAUGGAAGGAGAGAUCGAGAGAUGGAAAGGACUGGCAGAACAUCAAGGUGGGACAGAAGUGAUGCCAAGCCUGAAAAGGAAAAGGAUUUUGAAAGAGGCAGAUUAGAUCGGGAGAAAAGUAAGUCACUGGAGAAAGAUGAAAUAAGAGCACAUGCUUCUGAUGAGAGAGAGGAAAGGAAGAAAAACAAAAAUAGGGAUGAGGAACUGGAUAGUAAGGAAAAGGAUGAGAGAGAUGCAGAAGGCAUGACUAAAUCUGAAAAGAAAAGACAUGACAAGAAAAAGAAGAAAAAAGAAAAACGUAGAGCUUCUCAGGCAUCGACAGAAGCAUCUCAGGGAGAAAUAUCAGGUGAUGAAGGAGAAGAGAAAAAGAAAAAGAGGAAGAGGGAUAAAAAGAACAGGAAGUCCAAGGAAAUAGCACCUGAAGAUGAAAAGGAGGAGAGGGAUGAAAAUCUAACAGAACACAAUGUAGAAAAGUCAUCCUAUGUAGAAGCUGAGUUACCAAUUGAACAACCAAAUGAUGUAGAUGAAAUCUCUGUCACUGAGAAGGAUUCAAAUGAAAUACCCUCUCAGGAGAUGACUCCUGAGGCUGAAGGUACUCCAGGAGAAGAAGUUGCCACACCUCUUCCUCUUCCACAGUUAUCAAAGUGGGAAAGAGAUGAAGAUCUCUCCCUGACACCAAAAGGAUUAGUUGAAAACAAAGCACCAGAGGAGGAGAGGAAAGUCACUGUUGACAUCUUAAAGCGUGCAGAAAAUGCCAUUUUCUCAGGUAGAGGCCUAACAACUCGUAAAGUGUAUCUUGAUACACAAAAGCAGAAAGAAGUUGAAGAGAGAAGUCCAACUCCAGAGUGGGAUCGCCUGGAAUUAAGAGAGGCCAAAAGGAGAGGUCCAUCCAUCCAGAUCACAAUUUCUUCAAAAACAGAAUCCCAAAUUGGCCGACCCAGGAGUGGUAGAUCUCUACCCUCAAGUCCUGAGCGUCCGGAAGACAGAAAGUACAAUUUAAAGUCAAAGAGAGGUGCAGAAGGAGAUAUCAAACAAGAUAGACACUCUUCAAGAUCUGGAAGAAGGUCCCCUAGUCCUCAUGAACAACAUGGAUCUUCCAGAAGCCGUAAGAGGAGUGAAAGGGAAGACCGACAUAGCAUUGGUGAAGAGAAAAGUAGCCUUUCAAGUCAAAUUGAUGAAGGUACCAAGAGACUGAAAGAUUCAUCUCCUGUAUCUGACCAUAAUUUGACCAGCAAUAGUUAUUGUGAAAAUAAUGAGGUAAAUCAAAAUCCAAAAGAAGUUGAUGAGGCUCUUAAGGAAAAUCCUGAAAAUAAUGUAAAAGGUGUAAAGAGAAAUUUAUCAUCAGGAGACGAUUCAGAGCUUAAAAGAAUAAAAUUUGAAGGUAACGGCUCAGUGGAGGAGCCUGAUGGGGAAAAUACAGUACAAACAAAUAGCUCAACAGCCACAGAUACUCAGUCACACCUUGAGACCGCAGAAGUUCAAGGUGAAAAUGAUACAGAAGAGCAGACUUACAGGGAGAAAAGUCAGGAUGUUUCAGAGGAACCUGCUGCCAGUCUGCCAGCAGAGAAAGAGGAACUUGAAGAGGGUGAAAUUGAAACAGAAACCUCAGAAGGGUUAGUUCCUGCUGAGAUGGCUAUACCUUCAUCUGCUCAUACUCCCACUGCUUCAUUGUCUCCUUCUCUUGGCCGGGUUAUAAAUCCAGGGCUUACUUAUCCCUCACUUAAGCUUUCAGAACCCUAUUCUCGUUCCCCAUCUCAUUCCCCAUCUCAUUCCCCAGAGCAGAGUCCUGCUCACUCACAGCAUGAAAAUGAAAGUCUCCAGCAAGAAGCAGAGAGAAAACACCGUUACUCACCUAUCCGUGUUCCUACCCCCGUUACACAGAAAACUGUUGCAGAAGAUGUUAGACUAAGAGACAAAUCUAAGAAAAGAAAAAAGCGAAAGCGUGACUCUAGUACAAGUUCAAGUAAUAGUAGUUCUUCGAGCAGUAGCAGCAGCAGUGAUGAUGAGGAGGUUCAGAAAAAGAAGAAAAAGAAAAAGAAGAAGAAGAAGAAGAGGGCAACUGCUAAUAGUGAUUCCAGUGACACUGAAUCACGGAGUAAGCACAAGAAGAAGAAGAAGGAAAAGAAGAAGAAGAAGAAGAAGGAAAAGAAGAAGAAAGAAAAAUGAAUAUGAGAUGGUAAUUUCUUAUUUUAAUCUCUUAUGAAAAGCCAAAGAGAAUGUAUCAUAAUAUUUUUUAUCUUUUUUUCUGGUGUACAGUACUAAUGGGGCUGGGAAGAAAUGUUCCCAUGUUUGAUGAAUAAAUUUGUAAUUGUGAUGAUGAGAGAUGUGGUUUGAUGUGAAACUUACUCAGAUAAUUUCUUGAGACUGUGUUGUGAAUGCCUAUGUUAUUAUACACAUUGAUAUAUUUCUUAUAAUAAAUUGUUUAGGAUAUAUUGCAAUGAAGUUUAGAUGUAUAUUAUUUUCUUAAAAUGCAAUAUGGUAUUUUGUAAGGAAAGACAGUGUGAAGAAAAUAAAAAAAAAACUUAAUAGA